AUAGAUAGGUGUAUAAUCAAUUGAAAAUAAAUAGAUAUAAUUAACUAAAGUAUAUUGAAAUAAAAAUUUCAAUGGAAUUAAAUGAAAAAUUGAGCUCUUUAAUUAUUGAAGUUAAAAGUCCGAGUUUUGAGGUUUGUUCUGAAACUUGCAGUAUAAUAGAAGACGAACGUGAAAAAUGUGACUUGACUGGGAGCUAUCACUCAAAUGUAAUUAACCUUACUGACGCUGUAAUUAGUGACAAAAACAAAUUGUCUGAUGCUGGUAGUAAUUCGUCGAUUGGAAAAAUAGAAAAUUACAAAAUUUCUGAUGUAGGAGUUAAAGUAUCAACACCUAAUUUGGUAAACAAUAAAUCAAUGAUGAAAGAUACUUCAUCUUCAUUACCAAUUAUCAAAGCAGAAAAUAAAUCUUAUCAAGAUCAUCAUGAUUAUUCUCCAAUAGAUGAAUUAAAUAACAACAACUACAAAAGUUUUGUCUCCAGCAGUACUGAUAAUCCUUAUUCACAAUCAAUUGAAGACAAUGUAAUAUUGGAGAAGAUAGACAGCAAGGAUAAUGUUCCCCACGAGCUUAACAAUCACGUUAAAAUAUUAAAAGUCGAAUCAUUUAAUAAUGACUGUGACAAUAAAAAUAAAAUCCUUUAUAAAAUACAACAAUUAAAACCUAAAAAAGAAAAUUUAGAACUGAGUAAUGAUCAAAACAAUAUUCAUGACUUGUUAUUAAAUCUACAAACAUUAAAUCAGCAAACUUUAACUAGAGUAUCUCAAUUAGAAGAAAUAUUAAUUAAAUAUGAGGCUAGAAGUCGGAGACUAGAAGAACGCUUUGGAGCAUUAGAAAAUUUUAAUUGUAAAAAAUCUAGCUUUGAAUCUAAAAUAAAAAACGCUUUUAAUGUUUCUUCAGUGCAAAAUAAAAAGGAUGCAACUGAAGAAACUUUAAAGGAAGUUAAUAAUGAAACAAUAAACUACAGUAAGCAUCAGAAAAUUAUAAAUAUGAAUUCUUGGACAGACAAUGAAGAAAGUGCAGUUGAAAAUUUAACGAUCUCUGAAGAUGAAGAAAUGAUUUAUCAACAUGAAGAAUCAUCGAAUGUAAUAAUUGGUUGGAAUAAGGAUGAAGAAAAUACAAUUGAAAACAAUUUGCUGUUUGCUGAAGAAGUUUUUGAUCAAGUUUGUAAUACUAAUGAAAAAAAUUUGCUAAUGCCUGGAGAUAAUUUGGAAAUUAUGGAGGAUAAUAAAAGUAUUUAUCAGUUUGAAGAGUGGCUAGAUAGUUCAGUUUCUGGUUUUGAUAAUGAAAUUAAUUCUAUUUUAGAGUCAAAUGAAAAUAUCUCGCCGCCUAGUUCGCUUGAAAAUUUUGAAGAUUUCUCUGAAAUUAAAUCCUUAUCAAAUAAUGAGAAAGAUAUUAAAAAAGAAAAUAUUUUUUACCCGAUUGAUUUAUUAAAAAAUACUUCACAUGAUCUAACGCCUUCAUACGGUUUUUUAGCGUUCAUUCCUUAUUUUCCACAAUCUAACAUUAACAAUGAUUUUAAAAAAAUCCAAUGCUUUAAAAUACAUUUAGAUAUAUCAUCUUUAAAUGCUCAGAUGACAGCAGUUGAUCAGAAAAGUUUAAUUGACAAUAAAAUUAAUUCUAAAAUGUCAAAUACUGAAAAAAUUAUCCGGGAAGAGAGGCCAAUUGCAAAAAUAAAACAAUUAUUCGUUGUACUUGAUCGAAAUGCAGUCCCGAAUUAUUUAAAGAAAAAAAAUGUAAAAUCUUUUGUUGAAAAAAAGAAAUCUAAAAAAUUACAAGGAAUUAAUAAAAAUAAGAGUGAUGAUAAAAAGAAAAAUUUGAAACUGAAAGCAGAGCUUUCGGUUUAUAAUUGUGCUAUUUGUAAAAGCAAAUUUACAAAUUUAAAAUUAUUUAAUGAGCACGCUAAAAGUCACAUCAAAACUAAAUAUGCUUGUGAAGAGUUCAGUGUGAAUUAUCGUAGACCAAAUCUAUUGAGACCACAUAUAAAUAAAAAAAAAUGCUUUAAAUGUGACUGUUACGAUGAUAAAUCUAGUCAAUCAAUUGCAUUAAAUCGGAAUGUUCAAAAAUCAAGUAAUCAGUAUUUUUUUAGAUGUAAAUUUUGUGAUUUUGCUACUGCAUAUUCAUCUAAUUUACAAGUACACAAACUGAAGCACGUUCAUAAUGCUUGUUGAGUACAAAUUACUUUAAAAAAAAAUUUAAUGGCAAAAUCUACUUAAAAAUCGAUUGCUCAGUUUAUAAAUUAGCACGUUAAUAUUAUAAUUUAUAAUAAGAGCUUAGGUAGGAAUUAAAAUUUUUAUAGACCAUUUG